CCCUAAACUGAACCAAUCCAUCCCACCCAACAGACGAAACCACGCGACGCUCCGCCAACGCCUUCUCUCAUCAUUCCAUCACCGACCGAGCGAUCGUCCAUCAUUCCCUUCACGAACGAGCGAACCAACUCGCUUCCGCUGCGUCCUCCAAGCGAUCGAUCAGUUGAGGAUUUCGAGUUUAUCCACAGUGGAGAACUUGCAAAAUGAGAUUGAAGAAAGGGACUAGAGUUGAGGUAUUGAACACAGAAGAGGGUUCAAUUGGAGUCUGGUGCACUGCAGAGAUAAUAUCUGGAAAUGGGCGAAAUUACUAUGUUAAGUACAAUCUGAAUUCAGGGUCCGAUGAGGUCAAAGUGGAGAGAGUACCCAGAAAGGCUAUCAGGCCUUGUCCACCUCAUGUUCAAGCCAUUGAUGAUUGGGUUCCAGGUGAUCUAGUUGAGGUUUAUCACAAUCAAUCUUGGAGAGCAGCUAUGAUCAUGGAUGUCAACAAUAGAAAUAACUACACUGUGCGGCUACUCGGAUAUGCUGUGGAGCUCUGUUGCCAUAAACUUCAGCUCAGGAUUCGGCAAGUAUGGGAAGACGGCAAGUGGUUUGUCCUUGGAAAGGGCACUCGGAGUUGCUCUACUGAGAGAAAGAGGCUUGCUGGGUCACAUGUCAGAAAUUCCUGCUUCUCAGAUGAGAAAAAUAGCGCAGUUCCUAUCCCUCACGUGCUACCAAAAGAAGCGACCAAGCGGAAAUCACCUUUAACUUCAUCUGCUGUUGAAGCACAUCAUGUAGGGCCUCAGAAAAGAAAAGUGAAUGAGAAAGAUGUUGGUGACUGGCAGAUUCAUCCCGAGAAUCCAUAUCUUAGAUUGGGAAGGAUGGAUGCCAGAAAGAAAUCAUUGGGAGAGAAUAACUUGCUUUCUUUCUCUAGAAUUGAAAGAACCGGCUUUCUUAAUACGGAUAUUGGAGGGAGAAGUGAUAGUUCUCAACUGAGGACAUCAACAACAAUAGAUGCUGAGAGUUGCACAUCAUCUGUUGGUAGCUGUAGCGCUAACGAUAGUGAUCUGCCAUGUAGCUUCACGGAUCACCGCAAUCCAGAGAAUGCAGAUGAAUCUUCUGAUGCUGAAUCAUCUUGUGUAAGCAAAUACAAGGAAAAAGCGAUUCCCCGACAUGUGAAAGAAAAUUCGCCCAGAAGAUCACAUAGUUCAGAAUUGCAGGCCUAUAGUCACGCCAUUCAAGCAUUAUUUGCUUCUGGGCCUUUUAGUUGGGAAGAAGAAACAAAUAUGUCAAAUCUUCGCCGGUCACUCCACAUUUCAGAUGAUGAACAUUUGACACUAGAACUCUUGUGGUCAUCUUCGAAUCAUCUGGCAGACUUAAAGUUUACUAUGAUGGGCAGAUGAUGGUUCCCAAGCAGAUCUCAUGGCCAUGGUCAGAGGUCUAUUCUCUUUUUACCAGAGCCCCGAGAUUAUGGGGGUAGAUCUUGGAGAUGGUGCAUCUCUUCAGGUAGAUUGCGGAUAGCAUCUGCCAGGUUUCUGUAUUAACAUUUCUUAUGCUACCUGUCUACUACAAUUACAAAGUCAUGACUAAUCCAUAAUCUGCUAAGUGAUAUCUGGAGAUCUCCAAUCCGUAACGUGCUACGUGAUAUCUGGAGGUUUUAAAUUUACUCUUCGUUAAUUGCAAUUUACUAAUCCAUAGUAUUAGGUUAGUUUGAGAAGUCAGUGAAGAGUGCACCCUGAAUGAACAAGACGAGCAGCUUUCCAGUGUUUUUCAUUUUUAUUUGCUUGAACUCAAGUAGUUUUGCAUUGGUCGGUAUAGCUACUAAGCAGCUAUGCUGUAAUAGAUCAGUUCAAUCUUUGAACGAUCAUUUUCCCGUAUAAGUGAAUGCCUUGCCACAGACUUUGUUGUAAAUUUGACUGCUGAGCAUGAGCAGACAGUUCCAUUUAAAGGCUCAGCUCUGAUGGAUCUGAGCAGGGAGGAGAUUUUGAAGUGCCAUUGAUAGAUCAUGGAUCAUAUGCAGUUCCUGCUUCUGUUUGCUCGUCACUAUGGUAAUUGGCACAAAAUUCACCAUCUGAGGUAUUUUGAGAUUCUCUUUUUUCUUUUGCUGAAUGCAAGGGUUAAAGAACAAUUGUUGGAAGAGUUUGUUUUAAUUAAACCAUGUCGCUAAAUGGUCUAAUUUUAAAGUUGUCGAUGAGUCUGUUGGAAACCAUGACUUCUACCUAAUUAGGCAUUUUUUUUGUUUUUCCUUUUCUCAAAGAAUCCCUGAGGUUUUUAUA